AAGCCCGGAGGGAAAGAUCCCUUUGUACCGCCACAGCGUUCGGGUGGACUACUUCAGGAAAGAUCGCACCACUACAAUAUAGAUGCAGGUGUUGCUUGGUGACAGGCCUCUUUAAGACCCCAAACAUGUGUGUGGGAGGUGCCGUCAUUGGGCCGAGCUGGCAACACUGAUCAGAGGGAGGAUCGUAAACAUGGCCGACGUGACCACAGACUCCACUCGUCGCCUUGUCUCCAAAAAACAGACCCUUGACGAUGCCUAUGCAGCUCCAGCCAACUUCUUGGAAAUCGACGUAGUGAACCCCAUCACCCACGGAGUCGGCAACAAGAGGUAUACCGACUAUGAAGUUCGGAUGAGGACCAAUCUCCCGGUAUUCAAGGUGAAGGAGUCCAGUGUGCGCCGCAGGUACAGCGACUUUGAGUGGUUAAGGAACGAAUUGGAGAGGGACAGUAAGAUUGUUGUUCCACCACUGCCUGGGAAAGCACUAAAGCGACAGUUACCAUUCCGAGGAGAUGACGGUAUCUAUGAAGAAGAGUUCAUUGAGGAUCGACGCAAAGGUCUGGAAGUUUUCAUAAAUAAGAUUGCAGGACAUCCUCUUGCGCAGAAUGAGAAGUGCCUACACAUGUUUAUUCAAGAGCCAGUUAUUGACAAAAACUAUGUGCCUGGCAAAAUUCGCAACACGUGAGCCAGCCUUAUGUCCUACCCUGUUCCAAUGGUCCAUAUGGGUAUUUUGUGUAGCCACCUGAUGCUCUUACAAUCCUAUUUCAGAUCUGCUGUACAUGAAAAUGAAAUCUAAGUUAUAUGUUUUGCCAAAAGGGACAUCAUGCAGUUCUACUGCAUGAUGUUCCUUUUGUUUCUACCAUCCUGCUGUGUCAUUAUCAUCAUGCAUCUAGCAAUUCUUUUGAGAGAUUCUUCCCUCUUGCCAUGCAGGUAGGUAUAUAGUGGGCUUGAGUCGACUUUUAAUUCCCAAAUGACACGUUAUUGUAGAUAUGCUUUAAUUUUCACAGCUCUACAUGCAUCACCGUAGGGGCAAUGUAAGGACAUUGUUAUAGUAUAUUGAAUGUAAAGUUGACUUUUGUUUUAAGUGCAGUAAAUGUAAAGUUGAUUAAGUAUAUUUUGUUUUUGUCCAGUCAAGUUCUUAAUUUCUUCAAGUCUUAGUCUUAGUUGUAUUUGUCCAGAUUUGAGUCAAAACACGUGAGUAUCAAUGGCAGUGUUAUUUCACAUAGUAGAUACAAUACAACUUUAAAACAUGGCAGGAUGAGUGAAUUUUACUGAAAACUGAAACCACUUUGUUAAUUUGUUUGAAUUUGUUGAUAGUUGUUGGUGGAUAAGAGCAUCUAUCUAUGGAAAUUAUUCCUAUUAAUAAAAGUCAUGAAGGUGAGAGGAAAUUGGACAUAGUUUUGUAACAUAACAGAAUUUAACUGACAUCUUUAUCUGGAUUUAAUAUGCACAUUAUAUUUGUGACUUGAAACUAUCACUUAAGGCUCAUGGCAAAUCUUUUCUUCUUUAUUAACAUGUCAGGGUAUUCAAGUUGCAUGUUUCUUGAGUCAUAUCUUGUGAAAGUUUAGAUUAAGAUACUGACCAUAAUUUUUACUCACUAGUUAUCUGUUACUGAAACUUAAUUCAAAUUUGCUUUCAUGUGGAACAUUAUCUUUUAUUUGCUCUGUCAUGGUUGUCUCUUUGCAGCACAUCCAGGAUAUGAGAAUUGAACAAAAUGUGAUAAAUCAGUAAUCUUUACCAAUAAAUAUCAUUAUGUAUGUAAUAA